AUGUUUUCCAAAAAGGAAGAGCCUAAAUAAGAAGUAGUAGCUCCAGCUAAUGAUGCUCCAGGCAAUGAAGAUGCCAAGAAAAAACUGAGCAGAGAAGACGCUGCAAAGAACAAUAAAAAAGAUGAACCUGAAUAGCUUGAUAUUGAGAUGAAACCAGGUGACUAUAGAGUGUAAGUGCAUAUCCUGGAGUGCAAAGACAUCAAAGCUAAAGGCAAAGCGGGAGGUGGAGGCUUUCUUGCGCAUUUUGAGGGCGAGACUGCAGACCCAAUGGUCGAGGUAGAGGUAAUGAAUCAAUUGAAGAUCACUGACUAUAAAAGUGGAUAACUAAACCCUAUCUUCAACGAGUUGCUAUUCUUUGAAUUCACCGAUUUGAAGACAGCUGAUCUAGAAACUGCAAUGAUCAAGAUUAGUCUAAUGGAUCAUGACUUUAUUGGUUCAAAUAACCUUAUUGGGCAGUUCACAGUCGACAUGUCUUACAUUUACAAGAUGAAUAAAGAUCAUGAACUUUACAAGAUGUGGGUAGCUAUGACUGACAUGUCUGAUGAAACUCAGGGAAUCAAUGCAUUCCUCAAAUUAUCAAUAUGCGUUUUGGGACCAGGAGACAAGCCACCAGUUCAUGAUCCAAAGAAGGAUCUAAAAGAUAGAAAUAAUAAUGGAGCGAUUAGGUUAUUCACUCCUGGACGUGUGAAGAUGUCAGGGCACAUUAUUAAGUUUGGCAUAUUCAGGGCCGAGCAUUUGGCGCCCCUUGAUUUGGUUUAAAAUAGCGUUGACCCUUACUUUAAGAUUUCGUUUGCUGCCACUAAAGCUGAAACUAAGACAAUCAAUGAUAGCAGGAAUCCCGAAUUCAACUAAGAACUGUCUCUCGCCUGUAAGUUGCCUUGCAUGAAUAGCAAAAUCAAGAUAGAAAUAUGGGAUGAUGAUUUGACUUAUGAUAAGAGGGUGGGCACACACUAUAUUGAUUUUAAGCAGAUCUAAGAAAAGGCUUUUGGUCCUAGAUGGGCUAAUCUUUAUGGCCCUCAACUCACUGCUGAAGGAGAUGAAGCUGAUUUGAUGACUAAAUUUGGAGAUAAGGGUUCCACUUACAGAGGUAGAUUUCUCUACAGUGUUUAGACGCAUAAUGAAGAAAACCCCAAAAGUGGCACUAAAGAUUUGAAAUUUAGCUUUCCUUCUCACCCAAGCCCGAAUGUGAAAGAAAAAGCUUACUAGCUAAAAGUUGCUCUCUACGAAGGAAUAGAAUUGCCUGAAUUUGAAGAGGCGUGUAUUCAUAUUUGCUGUGGUCCCUAUGAAAUCGCCUCAAAAGUAGUUAAAAAUGAGAAUUCAAGAGCUAUUUGGAAUCAGUACAUGCCAGAUCUAAUCAUUAGAGCUCCAGAAGUGGCUGAAGAUAUCUAUGAUAUCAUCAUUUAUCUAGCCUACGAUAGCAAACCUGGCUCUAGAGUCUGUUUCAAAAGAAUCAAGGCUGCUGAUAUAUUAGAUACUAAAGGCAAAAAAUUUGAAAUCGAGAGCUAUCUUUUGGAAGAAGAUAAAUCAAUGGACAGAUUAGACGAUGAAUAAUUUCCAGGAAUAAUCUAUGCCAGAAUCAAACUCUACUCUAAGGACAUCGAAGACAAGUUCCCUAAGGACAUCUUUAAAUCUCAAGAUAAUUACAUCGACUACUUGCUUCACAUUCAUUUGUUUAUGGGAAGAAAUUUCCCUCCUGCAGAUGAAACAGGAGCAGCUGAUCCAUUUGUCAUAGCCAGAUGCCAAGGCAAGAAAACUAAGUCUCGCACUAAGUUUGAAACACUAAACCCAGGAUUCUAUGAAACUCUCGAGAUAGUAGUUAGUCUACCACCCUUCAAUGACAAGGAUUAUCCUAAACCAGGAAUAUCUCUCUUGAUUUACGAUGAAGACCCAGGUAUCUUUGGAUCGAAGAAAGAUCUACUUGGAAGAGUGUGGAUUGAUCUAGAGAAAAAAACAUCAUAGAUUGCAAGUCCGCUUGAUCACAAAAUGAGAACUGUAACUACUCACAAAGAACCUGAGUGGUAUGAUCUGAUAUUUGAUGCCACUAAUUCAAAAGAUGGUCAACUGCUAUUUCCCUUGAAUAAAAUAGUUAUAAGGCCUGAAGUGGUGCCUGGAGUGCUAAGUAUGGCUAUUAUAGGGAUCAGAGAUAUAAUACCUUCGAUUAAUCUCUUGCCUGUGAAGAAAAUAUUCUGUAAAUUUGACAUCUCUGGAGAUACUAAAGAACCAAUAAUCAGCAAUAGACAUGCUGUACUGGGAGGUUCCUGUAAUAUUUUCGAGGUCUUAUCGCUUGAAAUUGAUGUACCUACUGAUCUUGACUAUUCACCAAUUUUAACUGUUUAUGCUUAUGAUAAUGUGAUGGGCUUUCUUGGAUCAAGGCUACUAGGAGUAGCCAAUAUCCCUCUUGAGAAGUUUUGCAAAAAGGUCCUAGACAAGCUAAAGAAGACUUCCAAAGCUUUCUAAAUUAAUUCAGGUCCUCCAAGCAAGAAGUCUAAUGAGGGCGGCUUACAGUUGAAUGAUAUAAAACUAAAAGAAAAAAUGAAGGGUGUAAAGCAUAUGAUUGUUGAUGAGGGUACAGUAAAUGAUCCAAAUCAGCACCUAUUUGAGAGCAAUAUUAAGGGAAAUCCAUUAUAAGUUUAACUGAAACAUGGUGCAACCAGAAGUACUGUCACAAUAUCUAAACCCACAGUAAAACCAGAUCCUGAGGAAGAGGAAAAAAGGAUAAAGGAAUAAAAAAAGUAAAAAUAAAUUGAAGAAUACAAAAAGAAAGUUGAAGAGGAAUAAAAAAAGAUUGAAGAGGAAAAGCAAAAGAAAUUAGAAGAAAAUGAGAAAAGAUUAAGCAUGGUAAAAAAGAGAUCUAAUCUAAAACCCUAGCAAGCUAAAUUUAUGGAAAACUAAGAGGACUACGACUCUCAACCUGAGGAGCAAUUAGAUGAUGAGCCUGAAUGGCUAAAGGAAAGAGAAAGAGUGCCAGAUGAAUUAGAGGAUACAAUAGGAAAGCCACCCUUUGAUACUUGGAAGAUCUAAAGAGGCCAGACUAGAGGCAAAGCCAAUUUUAUGUCUAAAACUGUGCAAAGCACUCUAGAAAAAACCGGAUUAUUCAAGAACAUUAUAAAGAUCAAAGAUAAGUCCUUAUAAAAAGCAUAAGUCGAUGAAAAAUUCAAAGAGUUCAUUACUCCAAAGAAUAUUGUGGUAAGGCUCUAUGUCUUGAAAGGUAAAAGUCUGACACCAAAGGAUGCGAAUACAAGUGAUCCUUACCUAGUGAUCAAACUAGGCCAGACAACUAUUACUGACAAGGAAUCUUUAAGGCCAAAGACAAAUAACCCUGGAUUUUUUACAUCUUAUGAUAUUCCAGCAACUUUGCCAGGAGCUUCAACUCUAGCAAUUGAAUGCUGGGAUGAUGAUGGCUUUGACUUUCCAGAUUUGAUUGGAGCUACCAAGAUAGACUUGGAGGACAGGUACUUCAAUAAAGAUUGGAGACUUUAGUAUCCAAAUAAAAAACCUAUUGAAGAAAGGACUUUAUUUGUGCAAAAAUCAUCAGCACCUUAAGGUGUAAUAGAAUGCUGGCUAGAGAUACUGGACCCAAAGGAUGCUUAGUCUAUUCCUAGGUUUGAUAUUAGACCACCACCUUAGGAAGAGUAUGAACUUAGAGUUAUAGUAUGGGGAACAAGAGACUGCGUUUUUAAAGACGAAGCCACCAAGUGCAAUGAUCUCUUUUUGACUGGUAUUUAGGGUGAUAAGAAAUUAGAAACUGAUACCCAUUGGAGAUGUAGAUAAAAGGGGUCGUUUAACUGGAGAUGGAAGUUUCCAAUUAAAUUACCACUUGACUUAGAUGAGGACUAUGGAAAAGAUAUUCUUUAACUGCAAAUGUGGGAUCGUGAUAUAACAGAUGCAAAUGACUUAAUUGGAGAAGUUCAAAUUUUACUAAAUGAUACUGGCUAUAGAAUGCUUGAUAAGUAAUUCAUCAUCAUAUAACUCAUUGCUUAUAAUAGGGUUUACAAAAGAAAGAAAAGAAUAGUGAUGAAAAAGAUUAAUGGAAAGGAUCAAAAGAAGAUGGAGAGGUUUUGGGUUGUUUUCACUCAUCCAGAAGAGAAAGAUGAAAAUGAUAAUUAUAUUCCGCAGGGCUAUGCUGAAAUUUCAGUUGAAAUUAUACCUAAGAAUCUAGCUGCUGAAGUUGAGAAUGGACUAGGUAGAGAUGGACCCAAUCAACAUCCAAUGCUGCCUGAGCCAACUGGUAGAAUGACCUUUGACUUAUUUUCUCCCUGGAAGAUGAUGAAGGAGCUGUUAGGACCAGAAUUAGCAAGGAAAAUCUGUUGUAUAGUGUGCAUGACUGUUUGCUGCUUGCUUUUACUUUACUGGGGAUUUUUCUUCAUUGGAGACAUUGCUGAACUAAAAUCAAUAAUCCUGCAAACUCAAAAGUUUUAAUCAACCAUCAAAAAAUAAGUAUCAAUGUUGCAAAAUCGGACUCAAUUCAAACCCGACAUCCCGGCUAUCAUCAAAAUGAUGGCUUGUGUGCUAAGCGAGACAGUACGCACCCAGGACAAACUCCUAGACGACUAUUAGUCAUCAGUUUUUCAUCAAGAACCCGCCUCUAAGGUCAAGCUAUAUGAGUACUUUGCUACUCUCUUUCUACAGUUCAGAUGUAGCCUUUCCUCAUUCAUGAUUAUUUUUAUCUACAUCAACAGGAUUCUUGAGAAAAAUGAUCUUAUUUUACUCUGCUCAUAAACUAUUCAUAGGCUUAUACUCACAUGCUUAGUAGUAUCAGCAAAGUUUAAUGAUGAGUUAAGUUACAAAAACAGUGAUUAUGCUUAAAUAGGCGGCAUAAGUCCAGAAGAGCUUAAAAUUCUAGAGAGAGAAUUGCUUUACCUCAUUGACUAUCAACUAUUGGUCACUCCCUAAACAUUCAAACAUGCUCAUUCAGAGAUUAAAAAUCUUUAUAAGCAAACUAAAUUUAUCAGAUCAUCUCGCCACCAAUAUCAGUCUAUGCAUAUUCUCACUACACACAAAUCUCCAUUGACAAGCAACAAGAGAACAAUCAGGCAAGAGAAUGAAAGCCCUGUUCAUCAAUUACCUACACCCCUCAGUAAUGUGUCUAGAUCUGAAAGCCUAGCUUCAAUGGCUACUACUGCAGCCCUCACUCAUUCAAACUCCUACCAGGAAUUGCCUGUAACUGACACUAAUAAUACAAAUAUGAUGAUAGGCCUAAAUUCGCCUUCAAUAAAUGACCAAUUUUCUAAUAGAAACAUUCAAAGAUUAGACAGCUUCUUUGAUUGUGAGCAGACUGAUUACUUUAGAUUAGUAUAGGAAAACUAUGAUGUUCCUCAAACUUUAAAUAUUCAACCUAAGAUGAUUAUGAUAUAAUCCCCUUUUGAUUCAAGAAGUUCAAACUAAGAAUAGAAAUCAACAGUUCAAAUUGCUUAAUCGAAUUGCUAAUUAAAUUUGAAAAAUAAUGUAGUUAGAAUUGAAAAUAGACAUUGUAGACUGGAUUAAGAGUCAAUAUUCAUCAGAAUUCAGCUAUUAAUUAAAUCGAUUUUAGCUGUGUUCUCAGAUUUCCUAAGCAACAUAGUUAUCAAUCAUUUGAAUAUCUACUUUGUUCAUAUGGCUUGA